AUGGAGGCCGUCAGCCCACCCCUGUAUUCGUCGACGGCUGCAUCGGUCGCCGCCCCCCCGGUGCUGCUCAACGUCGCCCCUCUGUCGACCCACCACGACUUUCUCCACGGCCAUCUCGGGUACGGGCAAGCGUCACUGCAGGGCGAGGUCCAGGUCAAGUACACGAGCGAGCAUGGUCAUGGCCAAGCGCCACGGCCGUCCAAGUUGGAGGUGUGCUUCCGUGGCGUCGAGCGACGUCAUGGCCUCGGAGAGAUCGAGCUAUGCGAGCAGCGCAAGACCCUAUGGGGUUGGGGUGCACAGGGUUCCUCCUCAAGCAUGGAACAGGGCGACGACGUCCCCCCGCCUUCGACCGUAUUCAAAUUCGACGUGACGCAGGACCUGCCCCACUGCAUCCAUCUCGCUCAGUCCUCGCUCGAGUACACGCUCACCGCGACGCUCCACUCGGACGAUGCCAGUGUGGCUCCUCUUGUGCAAUGCGUCCCCAUUCAUCUCGCACGAACCUCACCCCCGGGUCCUCUCUCAAGCGACCUCGUCUCGUCCGCUCCCGCUCCCACUUCGGCCGAUGGUUCGAGGCCAAGCUUGUCGCCGCAAUCCGUCUCGCGCCAGGACCCGAUCCAUUUCACCGUGCACUUCUCGAGAACGAUCUUUCGUAGAUCAGAACCGAUCCAACUCGUCGUCAAGAUCCCUGUACCCGACUUUGACGCCGUCACGAAGGGCUUGCGGCUGCGGACGGUCAGCGCCGAGCUCGUUCGGCGCAUUUCCUUGGCAAACGACACCGAUGAUGACCCUCCUGCGGUGUCAGGCAAGCAGCGCGACCAGGUUGUGUCGACAGCGGUCAAGAACGACGACAUCGACUCUUUGGAAUUCAUACAACAUCCAAGCUCGAGCGAUGCACUGUUGGACCCAUCGUAUCAAUCGACCAUGGUCCUUGCUCGAUCGGGCAAGUCGGCACGCUUUUCACCUACCAGGCCGAUCGUCAUUCGCUUGCUCUUGCACCCCUCGACGACGCAGUUCUGCGAAUCCAUCACUCAAGUGUGUUCUCCCGGGUAUCAUGAAUCGCACUCUCGCUACCGGUCAGGCCAUGGUAUUAGAGCGCUAAUAUAUCGUGUCACUCGCUUCACGCAGUCCACGAUCCUCCACCACAUGAACUUCUCCGUCAUUGUCACCGUCGGGCUCCUCAACAACCGUAGUCAACGAGACGUCACAGUAUCGCGCGACGUACACAUCGUACCUGACCCACCCAUGACGUCGACGACUCUGUCCGAGAAGCAGCGCCAAGUCGAAGCAGAGGUCGAAUCAGUUCCACCAGGGUGGACCCCUGCCGAAGGCUCGAUCCCAUCCUACCACGAGUCCGCUGUCGGUGACGUGGCGGUCGGCACGAGUUCAGACUUUAGGGAGGGGCCUUCUCGUGUAGGCUCGACACACGUAUUUUCGACGAAUCUCAUCAGCGAAGAAGAGUAUGACGGCUACGAAGAACUCUCGGCUUCGCUCUCGACGCGCGCCCCGCCUCCGACCAUCGAUGCCGACGUCUCACCUCCUUCUCACGACGAAGAAGAUUCAGACAGCAUGCAAUCGACGGAAGAAACUAGUCCGGGCUUUGAUGCGACGCCGCUGGCUCCUCCCGACGACUUCGCGGGCGAAUUCUUCCGACCUGUAGACCCAGCUUUACAGGCACUACGACGACCGCUCGACUCGGACGAGGAGGAGGAAGAUCCCGCGUUGAUGUACGUGAGUGCGACUUUGGAAGACGGCGUAUUUCUCGACUUGUCAGGGUCAGCCCCACCAUCGAACGGGACCUCGACCCAUUCGUCCGCAGCGAACUCUCCCGUAUUCCGCGCCGUGCAAGACGUCUCGGAGCAGAUCGAUGCGGCCACUUUGGACGACGCGAGUCCACCGCCCUACGUAGGAGAUACGCCUCAGAAUCGAUCGGACCUCCAUGCCCGUCCUCCAUCUUUCGGCACCGAGGUCACAGUGGCUCGGGGACACAGUCGGUCGACUGGCAUCGUCGAGGUCACUGAUGGCGCUGGUGGUGGAGGGGUUCAUCGCGACGCUCCUGGUGCUUCGGCCUCCCCUAGCUUGCGACCACCUCCACCUUCGUACACGAGUCAUCAGGACGUAGUGCUACGACUGACGGAGCAAGGUGACUUAGUGCGCAUGGUCAGAGAUGUGGAAGGGGUCAUUUAG